CUCUCUCUCUCUCUCUUUUUCUUGGAUUGCACACAGCCACAAAGCCAGCUGCACAAAAAACAUCUCUCUCUUUCUCUCUCAUUGUUCUGGCUCUGUGAACAACACAAAAAAUCUCUCUCAAAACGAAGAAAAGUUGAAGAUUGGUACAUUUUUUCAACACAAUCUAUCACUUUUCUUAAAGCAAAUCAAAGCAAAAACAACAAAGUGAAAAAAGCUCUCUCUUCUCUCUCUCUCUCAUGCACACACACACAAAAUCAGAUAGAGACAUAUAUACAUAUUUACAUGGAUAGGGACCCAAUAAAGAAAGAAAAAGUUUGAACCCAGUUGGAAAUGGUGGGAAUCUUUUCUCGCCUUUCCCUGUACAUGCGAUCCCACCCUGCCACCUCUCUCCUCCUGGAUAAGAAGGAAACCCUAAUUCCAGCUGUAGUAGAUGAGAGCAGAGAGACAAGAAACAGGGGAAGUAUGGAUUUGUGCCAAAAUGGGGUUGAAUGCAAUACUGAGUUCUGGCCGGUUGAGCAUCCGAUUGAGCCGCCGGAUGAGGAUCAACCUGUGAAAUGCCCAAUGCCAGACUCCUCAGUUAUGAAUGAUGGGCGAAUGCAGGAGGAGCGGUUUUGUGAUAGCUUGUGGAAGAGGACAGACCUUUCAGCGGUGAUGAAUAAAGAAGGAAUGGUGGUGGUGGCUGCAGAGCCACCUCCUGCUCGAGCAGUGCGCAAGAGGCACCACACAAGCACUCAAGGGGAUCAUACAUUAACUCCUUUAUUAAGAACGCCACCUCCCCAGCCUCUUCCAACACAAAACAUUACAAUCUUUCAAAUGCUUCAGCAGCAGUUCAACAAGUUUGAAUCAUGACAACAUAUACCAGGAGAAAGGGCAUUGCUUGGGGCUCUUUACCUUCUUCAGAGACCGAAGAAAAGAAAACAUUGUGAUGGUCACGGCUUCCGCAAAACCAGUCAAUCCUAGAUACAACAUCAACUUCUUGCAACUAUAUUAGCUUUUUCAGAUUUAUAUGUUGUAUAUUAUCAUCAACCUGCUUGUAGUUAACAUAUAUUAACUUUAUGUUUGCAUCUUAUGAUUGUUCA